CAUGGGAAGUAGAUUCUGACGCAUCAAGCAGUUUCGCUUCAACUACGCAUGGCGAACAGACAGAAAUACGGCGGAAGGCGAGCAUUGUAGAAUAUUUAAAAAAGCCUGCACAUAGCCUCAACUCAAAUCUAUUUUUCAGACAGUAACGAACAAACCAGCUUUGCAGAAUUUUUUUCGAGUCUCAACCCUUACCAACAAAUAAUGGCAAAAGCAAGCAACGAUGAAUUGGAAUAUUUUCCAGCAGUUAAAGAUUUCUCAGUCGACUCUAUUUCAAAUGCACUGGAAGAGAUACUCAAAAUUAAUUUUCGUGCAUUGGAGCACUGUCAAUGUUCUAAAGACUGCAGUCAUGCAAAAGAACUUCAAGAACUAAUUUCUAGAACAACGCAGGUACUUGAAAAGAUACAGGAGAAGGAACGUUACUCGUCGACCAUCCUCACGAGACAAAGCUCCUUUGACUUUUCUUCGCGUGCACAUUAUGGAAAAGAUAAUCUUUUAUAUGGAUCAUCAGCAAUUCAAGAUCAACACCCUUCUUCAUCAAGAUUAUCUAGAAGCACUCUAUCCAAGUAUCCAAGUUUGGACAAUCAAUCGGUGUACAAAGUCAAAAAAGGCUACUUGCUUCUUAUAGUCAAUGUCUGGUUUGAUGGAAGGCUAGCACCCAGAAAUGGAGCAGCAGAAGAGGGUGGAAAUGUGAAGAAGCUUUUUGAAACAUUUGGAUUCUAUGUUUUCUGCUUAUAUAAUGUGAAAAGGGAUGAAAUCCGAGAGUCUAUUCAAGAAUUAGCAAAGCCUGGUGUUCUAGAUGACUUUGAUUGUUUUGCAUUUGUCAUGAUGAGUCAUGGCAGUAAAGAGGGAAUCUUUGGAACAGAUAACCUUCCAGAAGACUUUGAAGCCAUUGCAAAUGAGGUGAAAGGGGAUAAAUGCAAAUCCUUGAUCGGAAAGCCUAAGCUUUUCUUCUUUCAAUCCUGUCGUGGAACAAAGAUGGACAGGGGACAAGAAUUAUAUGGUCGGGGUAAGAAUGCAGUAAUGGAUGGAAAAAAUAGAGGGAAUCAAGAAGUCCGCAUUCCUACUGACAGUGACAUCCUCAUUGUCUGUGCUACAACUCAGGGUCAAUUAGCCCAUAAAGAUAUAGUGACUACUGUGGAUGGAAGAGUCAUUUCAAAAUCCUGGCUGUUUGAAGCUAUGUUGCAAGUCUUUUAUGCGUACGCUGAGCAUGAAGAUUUAAUGUCAAUGAUGUCCAGAAUUAACAGUCAUGUUUCAUUGAUGGGCAAUGAGGACAGAGGAGUGCAGGUUCCCUGCCAGCUCUCAACAUUAACCAAAAAAGUGUAUUUCCAAAAAAGUCCUAAAUUUCUUUGAGUUACCAUGAGGUGAUUAUUUUAAAAUGAGAUAUAUAUUUUCAUAUA